UCGAUUUUAAAUAUUUGUAUAAUAAUAUGGUUUAUUACGACAUAAUGCAUUCAAGGAAAUUAAUUGUCUCCAUUGUUCUCAUACUUUUCAUUCAACAAUCGACUUCGAAAACAAAAAGAAGUAAAAAAGACCCUGUUAUUCACGUGACACGGAGGCAAAGUGACGCAAUAGAAGACACUUCCAUUGUCCCAACUGUGCUUGACGACGUUGAAGAUUUGAUGAAAAUAAAAGGAAGACAACCAGAUGUUGACGUCACAGAAGAACGGCACAUGAACGCCUGUCCGUCGAGAUGCGUGGCUUGCGAUCCGGUCAACGGCUGCACUCAAUGCCGGUCUCGAACAUUUUUAUAUCUCGGUCAGAUACGGCAUCGACAGAGAGGAAUUUGCCUUCACGACUGCCCAGACGGAUAUUAUGGCUCCCGGGGGAAGGAAACGAAUAUGUGUAAAAAAUGUCAAGUUUUAAACUGCGCAUCCUGUUUUACAAGCAAUUACUGUACGACUUGCAAAGAUGGGUAUUUCCUUCACGAUGCUAAAUGCUUGAAAACAUGCCCAGACAAUAUGGCGCCCAAUUCGGCUACAAAGAAAUGCGAAGAGAAAGUCGAUUGUGAAGUUGGUCCCUGGUCGUCAUGGAGUAAAUGUGCACGCAGAUCGGUUUCGCAUUCUUGUAAAUACGGAAGAAAGAAAAGAACAAGGCCUGUUUUGCUGGAACCAACUGAAAACGGAAAGCAAUGUCCAAAGGUAAAAGAAUCGAAACGAUGCCGAACGCCACCAAACAAAUGUCCAUUAAUCAACAAGUGGUAUCAACGUCAACUGCGGAAAUUAAACAAAAAGAAGAACAGGAAAAACAGAAAGAACAAGGGAAGGAAGGGAAGACGGGAAAUAAACACGAACGAUACGCGAACAAAGUUGGAAGAUGACAAAAAGUCUCAAAGCACGUGACUGCGAUGAUGACAGUAAGCGUCAUAAUUAUGACGCAACAAAGAGAUUACGACGAUGUGAUAAUGACGCCACAAUCCGAGAGAAAAACAGGUGACAGCGUCCGUCAAACUCGGUACUCGAACAUUUUUUGGGUCAAAUAACGAUAUUAUUUUUAAUUUUUUUUUCUAAUUAAUAUUAUUAUUAUUAUUACGCUUUCUUCUUUCUUGUUUUUAUUUUUCAAUUUUGCUACUUUUUCUUUUUUGUUGCACUUAUGAAUGCAUUUGGACGAACGACUAGCACAACAAAAAUAAAUCAG